AUGAGUUCUUACUGGGGGCAGUGAGAGGCUCCCCCCCAUGACAUUCAAUAUUAAUAAUCGUGAUCCAUACAAUUGUGUCCUGUGUGCAGAUAGACAACAUGGAGGAGAAACUGGCGUCCUGCAGAAAUAACCUUGAAGAUCUGGACUUUAAACUGCGCAAACUCGAGCUCACAGUGGAAGGACGGUGAGACUGAGUGAAAUACAUACCUUUCGUUAUCUCAAAGAAGGGGUUAAUUACACCGCUUCCAGGGUGCAUGGUUAUUUUAUUAACCUGUUACAGGGAAACAAUAUAAAAUAACACCAUAGCCAUUUAAUGAAUUAUGUAGCUCACACAUUAGAACAUUAUGCUAGCAAAAAUAUAAAAUUAAAAAGUUUUAAAAAUGAUACUGUUUUAAAAUCCUACAGCAGUUACACAUCAAGACAGACCCUCGAUCACCAGGAAGAAAUACCACCUGUUAGGGGCCUCUCAUUCUGACAUUCUCCCCUAUGAAAUGAACAAUCCGCAUCGGAUUCUCUCUCAGCUGAGAGCUGGCGCCGGGCAUUCUCACCGUAUAAACUGUGCAAUGAGGCAUAGUGGUUAUGGUGCUUAGUGACUCUUUAAAAGGACACUAUAGUCGCCUGAACAACUUUAGCUUAAUGAAGCAGUUUUGGUGUAUAGAACAUGCCCCUGCAGCCUCACUGCUCAAUCCUCUGCCAUUUAGGAGUUAAAUCCCUUUGUUUAUGAACCCUAGUCACACCUCCCUGCAUGUGACUUGCACAGCCUUCCAUAAACACUUCCUGUAAAGAGAGCCCUAUUUAGGCUUUCUUUAUUGCAAGUUCUGUUUAAUUAAGAUUUUCUUAUCCCCUGCUAUGUUAAUAGCUUGCUAGACCCUGCAAGAGCCUCCUGUAUGUGAUUAAAGUUCAAUUUAGAGAUUGAGAUACAAUUAUUUAAGUUAAAUUACAUCUGUUUGAAAGUAAAACCAGUUUUUUGUUUUUUUUUUCAUGCAGGCUCUGUCAAUCAUAGUCAGGGGAGGUGUGGCUAGGGCUGCAUAAACAGAAACAAAGUGAUUUAACUCCUAAAUGACAGUGAAUUGAGCAGUGAAAUUGCAGGGGAAUGAUCUAUACACUAUAAAACUGCUUUAUUUAGCUAAAGUGAUUUAGGUGACUAUAGUGUUCCUUUAAGAACCCUUGAUGGUCUAUUCAACAUAGCAAUCUAUUCUUUGAUCAUAUUAGCAGAUAUAUUGAUCCAGUCCUUUAGCCCUGGGGGGAUGUGUAGAUUUGCCAGUACUCCGUAUGCAGGAAGUUCUGUUCUAGGACAUAUUUGGGAGCAUAUUGUGAUGCUGGCAAAUAGGAGGUUAAUAUUGGUUACAUGCACAAAGUAACAUUAAAAGGACACUAUAGUCACCAAAAUAACUACAGCUUAUUGAAUUUGUUCUGUGAGUAGAAUCACUCCCUUUGGGCUUUUUGCAGUAAACACUGUUGUUUCAGAGAAAAUGCAGUGUUUACCUUACAGCCUAGUGAUAACUUCACUGGCCACUCCUCAGAUGGCUGCUAGAGGUGCUUCCUGGGGCAGUGAUGCACAGUGUGACUGACAUUCAGUGUCUCCACCCUCUGCAUGGAGUCACUGAACUUUCCUCAUAGGAAUGCAUUCAUUCAAUGAGGAGGUGUGAUAGGCCAAACAACAGCUUACCCUACCCUUUGGGUAAAUCAUAAAUUCUGGAUUUAAACAAGGAGGCGGAUGGGGGCCAGAUCCUGUGGACCCACUCAGCACUGGAAAUAUUUAUUACCUUUUAAAGGGACUACAUGUAUUCCUGACCCUAUAGUGUUAACAUGACCAUAUAGCCCCCUGGGCCCCUCAUGCCUCCAUAAAUAUAGUAAAAAUCUUACUGUAUUCAAGCCAGAAGCUGUAAAUCUGCAGGCUGUUAGACUCAGGAACAACAAGCAGUCUGCUGACAUGUGGUAGCCUGGUCCAAUCACAGUGCUUCCCCAUAGGAUUGGCUGAGACUGACAAAGAGGCAGAUCAGGGUCAGAGCCAGUAUGAUUCAAACACAGCCCUGGCCAAUCAGCAUCUCCUUAUAGAGAUGAAUUGAAUCUCUAUGAGGAAAGUUCAGUGUCUGCAUGCAGAGGGAGGAGAUACUGAAUCACAGGAUGCUGUGCACAGUGCUGCCCUGUGCUCUGCUGACAGCAGAUCUGAAUGGAUGGAGACAUAUUAUGCCUCCAUCAACUCCAAAGUCCCUCUGGUUCACUCUGAGUGACUGCAACUGGAGCUGUUCCUAGCUUUCAAUGUAAACACUGCAUAUUCUCAGAAAAUACCGUGUUUACAUGAGAAAGGCUGCAGGGAGCUAUAGUUCUCACCUGAACAAUCUCAUGAAGCUGAAGUUGUUCAGGUGACUAUAGUGUCCCUUUAAGGGGGGAAAGUAGGGGCCCGGCCACCUUUAAAGGUGGUUUUAACACUAUAGGGUCAGGAAUACAUGUUUGUGUUCCUGACCCUAUAGUGGUUCUUUAAGAAAAGGCUUAUUAUAUUCAUUGUUACUGAAAUGUUUGGCUUUAACUGGAUGUAGACUAACUCCUGGUUUUAUUUUAUUUUCCUUUUCUCUAUACUAUAGGAUAUCUCUGGAAAAAGAGAAGAAUUCACUGACCAACAAGAUGUCUCACUACGGUAAGUCUCUCACUGGAACUCCAGGGAAACUGUUUGAAGCUCGGCACAUGUUUUCUGCUUUGUCUUAUUGGAUUUCAAACACAAUGUAGGCAUUUCAGAAAUAUUCUAUGCUUGAAAAUAGACAGUGCGAUUUUAAAAUAAUCAUUUAUUUAACAACUGGACAACCUCCACAGGGAAGACAUCUGUUUAUCAAUAGUUAUAAUAAAAUGGAGGGUUCUUGUUAUUUUAUAAUUUUUUUUGGCGUUUGCAUCUGAAGCCUGAUUAUUCUGGUGUGUGUAUCAUCAAACCUUUUUCCAGUGCCCAAUGGUCCAGUUCUGAUGCUCACAUCCACAUUGAAGGCACUUUCAGCGUUGGACAGGGGUUAUCAUGGCACUGUGCCGAGUAUGGGGCUGUGUUGCCGCAGACCGGUCAAACUGUGAUGCACUGUGUGUCGUGACACCUUUCUGUCAUGGCCAGCAUUAAGUUUUACAGCAAUUUGAGAUACAGUAGCUCUGCCGUUUUGGAGAUACUCUGACCAAGUCCUCUAGGCAUCACUAUGUGACCCUUGUCAGAGUCACUCAUAUCUUUUCGUUUGCCCAUUUUUCCGCUUCCAACACAUGAAAGUCAAGAAAGUGGCUGUUCACUUGUUGCCAAAUAUAUCCCACCCAAUGACAGGAGCCAUUGUAACGACAUGGUAAAUGUUAUUCCCUUCACCUGGCAGUGGGUUUAAUGUGGCUUAUCAAUGUAUUACCUUUGUGUUGGUACAUUUGUUACAUAGUUGCCUCUGCUGCACAACUUACUACAAUAAGAGAAAAAGCUGACAAUUUGUCAUUAAAGGGUUACUACAAGCACAUAUGACCUCAUUGAUUUGAAGUGGUCAUGGUGCCUGAAGUCUGUGUGUGUGCAGCGUUUCAAAUUGAAACUGUUCACAUACGGAGUUUAACCCCUUAGCAGCCGGAGUUGUAAUUCCAUCUCUGGUAGCGUUAUCGAAUUGUAAUUAGACGGCCGGAACAAGAGUUCCCGACUGACUGUCAGUUUUGUGAAAUUUUUAUUUAUUUUUGCACAAUAUGCCAGAGCGGUCAGCUGACAGUCUCACUCAAAUAAUUGAAUUAUUAUUAUUGGUUAUUAAUUGGUAUAGCGCCAGCUUUUUCCGCAGAGCUUUACAAUAAGAGGGGAAUUUACCAAAUGAGACAAUAACAAAAUGUAACGGGAACAAUAGGUAGUUAAGGAACUUACAGUGACUUCUGCAAAAGCUGGAAGCACGUCAGCAGAGUAGCUAGAAGCCUCUGAGCCCUGCGGGGACCCAGGUAAGAGAGCAAACCGUUGCUAUAUGGUUUACCCCAUUACCAAGGAACCGUGUCAGGGUACUGCACUCAUAAGCCAUUACAUCAGGCAACUGUGUUAAAUGCAAAGUAUAAUGUGCAUCGAUUGUAAUAAUGUUAUUUAGCCACCAGGUGUCAGCAAUGCCCAGUGAGAAAAAAUAUUCUCUUGCAGAAAAAUGACCGAACCAGGAAGAGUCCAAGGUGUUCAGAAUAUUCAUAAACUUAAAUCUCUUAGAAAGAAAUGGAUAUUAUUAAUUGACUGAAAUUGAAGCUUUGUCAUUUCAUUAUAUGUGAUUGUAGUUUGUCCGUUAGUGGGAGUUAUUGUUGCAAUGCGGAGAAGGGGGACAGACCAGCGUGCUGUCGAGGCUCCUCGUCUUUAGUGCCGAGUUAAUGUUACAUUUAUUUCUUUGUUAUAUUUUUUCAUUACUUCUGAGCACAUAGUUGGUGGAGGAGCUGGUCGGGAAACGCUAGAAGAGAGCAGCCUGGCUGUGCAUCUUAUCCAAUAUAAAUCAUCCUAAGCUGAACUAAUAUGUGAAUUCCUCGCACUUGAGUAGAACUACAAAUCCUGCAAGCUUUCUGAGCUACUAAAUGAUGUGACCCUUGCAUAAAGGUUAAAUGGUACGUUGAUAACGCUUUGUUUAUGGUUAAUCUAAGUCUGUUACCUUCUGCUUUCAGAGAAAGAACUGAAAUCUUUGCGUCACGAGAACAGAAGGAACAUGAUGGUGUCUGUGGCAAUCUUCCUGUUAAUUGCGCUCGGCUAUUACUGCUGGACCAUGUGACGGCAGGAGCACUGAUUCUCCACCAUGUGGAAGAUGCCCAAUUUCACUAUAACCUGGUCCACGUAGGAGGAAAGGGCUUCGGGCACAGACUGAUGAGGACAGUUUACAUAAGGUAGAAAUUGGGUUUCUCCUAAGUGGACUCUUGUCCUCCAGGUUUUCCAUGGACACGUGUAGACUAUAACCACUCUAGGAAAUAAGGACUAGGUUCAACCACUAGUGCGUGUACAUUCUGCUAACUCCGGCAGGCUGCCAGGAUAGAUUAUAUUGAUCCAGGAUUCACCUUCUCAGCAGACAAGACCCCUUUCUCUACUUGGGAAGUCACCAAUUGGUUUUUAAAGCCAAUAAGGAGGACAAUGUGUAAUGAUGACAUGCCCCACAAAUCCACCAAAUGCUGAGGAUGUUGUUAUGCCACGCAAAUCAGGCUGGCAUUCAGACUGGGGUAUAACAGGGCAUUAGCUUUAAAUCUGCAAAAAUGCAGUAUGAUUAACUGGUUUCUCUGAUCCAGAAUCUUCUGGUGUGAGACACGUUCCUGGCAAAGUAUCCAUGCAACUGACUGACCGCACACAGAAACAAAUCUCCCAAAACUCCUGAAUGGGGGUAACUUGGAUCGAUAUUGCAGACCCUCUUCGGGUUCUCCCAUAAAUGUUUACAACUCCAGAGAAUGUAAAAUGAAAUCCUUACUCUGAAUGUAACGGAUGAUACCAGCCAUUCCUUUUAUUAGCCAUAUAUACAGCUAUGUGUGGACUCUGUUUGGCUGUUCUUGACUAUCAUUGUACAAAAUAAUACCUCUGUAAUGAGCUGCCAAAAGUGCUUUACAGUUCCUGGGGCCUACUUGAAGAAUCUGUAUUGGUAAAGUUACAAAUAUUAGAAAAAUAAUAAUUUAUCAAAAUUCUUUAAUUUGAACAGUGUGCGACCAAAGGAUUUUAGACUUCGGUUUUAGGUUUGGGACCUAAAUACAAGUGGCUUUCUAAGCACCAUAACUACACCUGUUGAUGUUCAUACAAUUUUGGCCAUUAAUGACAGACAGAGCUAGAACAAGUGCAAAAGUUCACUUCCAUAUUCAUUGAGCCUCAACAGAGGAGCCAGGCUUUGGUUGCUGAAGAGACUGCGUCUGAAGACUUUUUGCACCAUGUCCACUAAAAGGACCUGUAGUGGUUAUGGUAAUGAGAGUGCAAGUUGAAUUUACAAUUAUCAUUCACUCUGAUAGCUCAACGUGAAAAGUGAGGAGUCUUAAUCUUUUGUAAACUUAUCAAAUCAAUAAGAUAUUCACUAAAGCCAGAAUUUUGUAGAAUUGAUGUUGGAAUGUAAAAGCUAAAAUAACUGGGUACAAGGGCUUACAGCGAAUGUUUCCAAACUCGAUGGUGCAAUCCUAAUUUCUUUACAUUUAUGGAUUUAUUCACUAAAACAUAAACACUCUCUAGAUUGGGAAAGCCCAGUCCACUUUACUUACAUAAAGCCAAGUGUACGAGAGCCUUUGCACCAACAUGUAUUUCUGUCUUUAUAUUCACUACACUUUUUGAUCGCAAUGCUUUGCUCUAACCCAUGCCCCUCGCUUGCUGGCAUCCUGGUUGCUUUGUAAAGGGAUAAGUGGAGGUUUUAAAGUGCAGGAAAUAAGGGCUGUUACAGACGUGUACUUUACAGCGAUGUAUAAAGUGCCUUCAAGCAAACUAUUUGUUCACCCCCAGAUUGUACUGAUCAAACAUCUAUCAUUCUUCAGGUGGAAUAGGCAACAGAUGUAUAGAUCUAAUCUGUGAUUGUAACAGUGUUUUUUAUUUUAAUAUUCAUGGGAUUAGCUUGCCAAGCAGUUCCUAAUUGUAAAAUUAGCUUAAUGGCUCACUCUUCCAAAUGUUUUUAUAUAACAAAAUACGUUCUGCAAACCCCCUUCAUUAUACUCGUUCCUGCCUCUGGGGUCUGUCUUAAACUGGGUACUGUACCUGUACUGCCAUCCCCAGUGUGUUACCAGGGACUGAUUAAUGUAACGUACCUCUUCUAGCCAGUGGGUGUCCAUUGGGACAAGGACCACAUUUUUGUCUCCUGUCUCUAAAGCAAGAAUCCCUGGAUUAAAAGGUAUACCUUCCUGAAGUCUAUUCCUCCAGAACCAAUUUGGCCUCAAGAAGAGCAGUGAAAGACUAUAACGGUACAGUGGUUACCGUACUCCAUACUUGUAGUCAGCCAGUUACAGUUAGGGCAGGCUGGGGCCCAGGGUAACUGACCAAGCUCAAUGGGUAGUGAAACAUGGGACACCUAGCUGGCACUGGCUGAUGCUUGCUAGGACAAGCUGGGGAGCCAGACAGUUUGUUAUUAUUAUAUUCUUUAUGAGGCUUAUAAAUCUGUAUAUGGAAUACUCUACGUAAUGCUGAUGCGCUCUAAAACACAUUUUGCACAUCAGACCAGAUUGUAAAAUAAAAGUUAUGUUUGAAAACUGAACAAUGCUUUGCUCUGUCCUCUGCAAGCUCUACACGGACUUCCUAUAACAGGGCUGUAAUCAAUACAGGAGCCAAUGGAUAAAUUGUUACCAGAGUCAGGGUUUCUAGGCGAGCUGGGAUUUCGGAUACGAUUGAAACUGCAAUGCCCUGGAGUCCCGAGUUACAUGUUCAAACUAGAAAUUCCCUGUUAUAUGUCACAGUGAAUAAACUCUCGUGUUGAUAUUGACCCAGUUCAGCAAAGUUUAUUUAGCAGUUUCAGUGUUCAAUAGAAUGAAAAUGUCGCAAGAAUGUCACAUCUGGAUAAAUAUGAAAUCAAUGCUCUUUGGGUUAAUCUGCUACAGUGAAUAAAUGUGGGUACAUUGGGUCACUGCAACACUUGGGGGAGACUGUUCUCGCUUUGGAGAUCAGUGAGCUGAGAAGUGGUCAGAGGUAACCGUACAUUGUCACCUGGUGAUAGCGGUUAGUUUGCAAAGCUUGUCCCAUUUCAUCAAUCGGUUAGCCAUAUUUUGCUCAUGAAUGCCCAGUCAUUGGACAGGGUGCAGAGUCUGAUUUUCUGCUCUCAGACUGAUUUCAUUCUUCUACGUGAGCUCUAUAUAAAAGGAGUGGGGAAAAAAAAAAAAGCCUAAAUCUCAUUUUCAGUGAUAUCUGGAUUCACGUAAUUGACUGAAUGGGGUUUUAUUUCCUUCUGCACUAGAGGGAGGGAGGCGCUGUAAUGCCAGGAAAACAACUUUAAAAGGAAACUAUAGUGCCAGGGAAAUAAAGUAAAUGUAAAUCCUGACUGUGCUGUCUCUUGUGCCCAACCUGCAGUGUGUAAGCAAUGCCGCAGCUCAGAGGGAAGUGCGGUACAGAUUUACAACUUUCAUAACUAUACACUGAUCAGCGACAACAUUAAAACCACUUGCCUAAUAUUGCGUGGGUCCCUGUUAUCGCGUUCGUCACUCAGAUGGCAAAGAUGUGAAGAUGGCACAAGUAGAACUGCUGUGAGGAAACCUAAUUGAAUUAAAUAUAUACCACUACUACUAGCGAUACUAUAAUCUGUUUGGGAUUAGUUUUUACAUAAAACAGACACAAGCCACCACACUCUGAGGAUUAUUUCCCUUAAAAUUAAAGGGACACUAUAGUCACCUGAACAACUUUAGCUUAAUGAAGCAGUUUUGGUGUAUAGAACAUGCCCCUGCAGCCUCACUGCUCAAUCCUCUGCCAUUUAGGAGUUAAAUCCCUUUGUCUAUGAACCCUAGUCACACCUCCCUGCAUGUGACUUGCACAGCCUUCCAUAAACACUUCCUGUAAAGAGAGCCCUAUUUAGGCUUUUAUUGCAAGUUCUGUUUAAUUAAGAUUGUCGUAUCCCCUGCUAUGUUAAUAGCUUGCUAGAUCCUGCAAGAGCCUCCUGUAUGUGAUUAAAGUUCAAUUUAGAGAUUGAGAUACAAUUAUUUAAGGUAAAUUACAUCGGUUUGAAAGUGAAACCAGUUUUUUUUUUUUUCAUGCAGGCUCUGUCAAUCAUAGUCAGGGGAGGUGUGGUUAGGGCUGCAUAAACAGAAACAAAGUGAUUUAACUCCCAAAUGACAGUGAAUUGAGCAGUAAAACCUGAGGGGCAUGAUCUAUACCCUAAAACUGAUUUAUUUAGCUAAAGUAAU